CCACCGCCAUAUUUCUUUGAGAAUCCCUUCCCGGCCCAGGGCUACCAUCCGUCAACACCAACUGUCCUCCCUCACAUUACACCGGAGGAGCAGCGUUCCGAAAAUUACGUUGCACCCUUUCAUCCGGCCCCAGACCAACAGCCAGAUUUUGGACUGAAGUCGAACUAUGGCACCCAGUCGCCCUACUCUUCGGUUUAUCAGCCCAGAUCGGCAUUCGAUACUUGCGAUCGGAACGCUGUCUGUAACAUUGAAGUUGGCGAUGACGUUGCGAACCUUGAGACAGCAGUCUGCUACAGUUCGCCCUUCCCUCCGAGCGGCGGGCUAUACGGGCAGCCGGAACUGAACUCAGUUCACAACUAUCCUACUGUACCUAAAUGUGCCAUCUCCGAGAACGCUUUAGAGGGUUACAACUGGCAGGUUCUUUUCCCUGCCGUUCGCUAG